AUGUGGAACGCAGCGCAUGUGGAACAGCAGAGUCAACUGCGUGAGUUUAUUGUGGGCGUUAUGAGCAUGCAUCAUCCUAAUGAAAAUUUGUGGACACGGAAUCCUUCGGGCUCGGCAUGGAUAGAAGUGUGGAUUGUCGACCAGCACACAGGUGAACGCACUUUUACCGUGACAUUUAACAGUUACUUCAUCGAGUCUGAGCCGCCGCAGUUCAAACCUGCGUCUGGUGGAGAAUACGACAAACACAACUCGAGUAAUUGGAAGGCGAUUAUUGUGCGGUACGAUUUCACAUAUUACCCGGCUGUGACGGCGCUUCCACAGUUUCUUUUGAAGGGCGAUACAAUUGACGUUGAAGACCUGAUGACCUUUGUGUCGUUCCAGAUCGAGUUCGAUAUGGCCAAACUGUCUCGGCUGAUUUACUCAACUAUUGUGCGCAUCUAUCCUACCACACAACUGGACAUGUGGCUGAACGGAAACGUCUUCUCGUACUCUUCGGAUGGAGCGACUUCUCCAAUGGAUUCCGCCCAAAAGUUCACGAAUUGGUUUAAGACUUCCUUGGACCCAACUUAUCUGAGUGCUUUAGUGCUGAAUAUAACAGUUGACGACGUGUCACGGAUCGCCACAAUAUCCCUGAAGGUGAACGGGCCCUUUGAUAAAGCUAGCAACGCACAGGCUCUGGUAAGUCCAACAUGGAUCCCUACUUUCAUCGUAAAGUCCGACGAAUCAGCCGACCCACCAGCAGAAUUAAUCGUCCGGCCCUGGAAGAUCACACUCCAGUCAGUUAAUCGCUAUCCACCAUUUGACAGACUACUGGACCUGCUAGAAUACGGUGUCGGAACGUCCGAUGGCUCACCGUCAUCAAAUUCUACAAAUGCUGGCGGAUCAUAUUCAGGUGACUCGUGUAGUUUAUGUGCCACCCAGCGUCAAGCCUGCUUUGACGACAAGGAGUGUUCGGCUGCUAUCAGCAACAAUUUGCUUCCAGCUCUCGAUACCAUGGGCGCUGUCGGGAACUCAUGCAUCCAAAGCCUAAGUCAAACACAUUACCCCGGGGUUACUUCGUAUCUGGAAAUAACGCGAGCCAAGAGCAUGUUUCCCGUCAACAAGGGCAAAGGAACGAAUGUGUACUCACUGUCGGGAACCCAGUACUACUACAAUGAUAACGGAAGCUCCAUGGAGCUGGCUAAGUUUAUGGAGGAUCAAGUUCUUGGUGGAUACGAGUCUUCUGGAGUUAAAGUAGAAGUUUCAGUCGACUGGGCUUCCGAGAGGUAUACUGUUAUUUACGACGGGCUGACGACGCUCUCGGUACCAUUCAUCGAGGGCCCCACUACCGUCUCCAGCCCAAUGCAGUUCACAUUCUGGUGCUCUGAACCCGACCUACCGCCAAAGUUCAAACCUUGGAGAACGUGGCUUGUCCCCACCCACUAA